AUGGAAUUCCUCCUUCCACUCACCUUCCUCACCAACGCAUACCGCUCCAUAAAUUACAUCGCCGGCUUCUCAUCCCUAACGAUCUACGCCAUUACCGGCGCAGGUGGACUAUGGCAAAACUUCAUAGACAGAUGUCAAGAGUUUGAAGACAAUGGUGGCGCGAUUAGAGGAAUCAAUUGUGUUGGGAAUGAUGUGUUUUAUCUCAUGGGUGCUGUGGUUGCGUUUGGCGCUGGGCAGGGCGGGAGUGAUGUAUAUGCGUACGGUGAAUCGAGGGUUGGUGAAUGA